AUGUCGCGCUAUACCUUCCUGCCAACGUCGUAUCAGGCGUCGUCCAGCGAGGUUUACAGCCGCAGUGCCCGGCUCGAAGACGCGUCCAAGCGGCCACUGGAACGGGAACACUAUGGCGUGUACACGACCGUGACGCACACGCGUCAGCAGCUGCGACAGCCGCAUCGCCCGCCCAAACAUCGGUCCAGUACGAGCAGCGACAGCAGCAGCAGCAGCAGCAGUCGCGCGAACGUUGGAGCAGCUUCAGCCGUUCGGAGCGACGGGGGACAAUACACGCUGCAGUUACUGGCCUACCGGUCCAUUUUCGUGCUUCAAGGCGCUUUUAUGGGCAUGUUGGGCCCAUCGCUCGUGUUUUUCUCGGAGCAAGUUACGAAAGAGUCGGGCGUGGUCACGCCCGUGUACGGAUUUGGCCCCAUCUUUGCCGCUCAUGGAGGCGCCGCCCUCGUCAUGAGCUUCAUGAGUGACUUUGUGCUCUCGUACUGCACGGCGAAGAAGUGGAUGAAGCAGCUGAUUGUGGUCCUGCUGCUCUGCAGUGGCACGUGGUACGCGUGCCUGACCCCAGUGACUGUGGCCACGGGCAACGUCGGCGUUGGGCUCUACUUUAUUGCAAAGGGGUUCUGGACGGCACUGCUUAACAUCACACUAAAUCGCUGCUCGCUAUGGAUUGCGGGAGCCAAAAAUCCGCAGAGACGCCGCAUCGUCACGUCGAUGAAUAUCAACUAUGGUCUUGGCUGCGUGUUGGGUGCUGUUGGAGCGUUGGUGCUUACAAAGCUGGACCUUGACUUGGGCUAUGCAUUCUUUGGAUUGGCUAUCCUGACGGUCUUUCCAGCAGUGCUGGUCGCGAUGCUGCCGAGUCCACACAACUCCGAGGGAAGCGACGAGCAGCAGACGCUGUUGUCUUUCGAGGAUCCCACGCGCCGCGUCCCUGCAGUACCUAGUCCGAUUGUGGGAGGUGUUUUCUUGCACGCGAAGCAUGUCAGUGGCUCCAAGAACUGCAAUCCAGAUACUUACGAUUCGAAGAACAACUUUAUCAUCCUGCUCGUGACCAUCUCCGCCACUGUGCUUUUUGGCAUUCAACUCGGUCUUGCAGCCUUUUUGUACGUGUACAUCGGCACGGUGCUAAUGGAAGGCGAGAAAACCGUACAAAUUGAGGCAGUGGGCUCCAGUGACAGCCGCGGCACUAUAAGUGGGAACAGCCAACGAGUGUGGCAGUGCGCCUUCAUGGUGCUGUUUUGGGGAUCGCUGACGGUGUCGUACGUGGUGCUUCCGAGAUUUUUGUUCCACGACAAGAACCUCUACUCCAUCGUGGUUUGCACUGUCGUAUGUGGUGCAAGUUCGUUUGGUCUUCUGUUCGGCGCUGAAGCGGGGCUCAUUGUCUUUGCGGCGUGCCUCGUGUUGUUCUCGUCUGCUUUGGCUCCGCUCUUCACGCUCAGCAUCCACUGCUUAACUCGCGUGAUCAAUGAACAGCUGAUCAGCCGCGUGUCGUCGCUUAUUGUAUUCGGCUGUGGUAUGGGCGAGGUGUUCAUUCCGGUGCUGAUGGGCUUUUUCAUGAGUGGUCAGAGCGGGCAAGCAAACGGAGCCGUCGCCGUGAGCUACAUCACCUUUAUUCUCGCUCUGACGCUCGUGGGUGUUAGCGUUGUAUUGCUUUGGAUGGUGAAAGCAAGAUUGAAAGAGCUGCCAGAGCCUGUCGACGAGCUUGAAGGAAACAGUGAAAUGGGUCGGAUGCGCGCAGCUCGUGCUAGUCAUGUCGUUCGGGAGGCUGCACACUUUUGA